AUGAACCUCCUGCUCUUCCUGCUGCUCGCGUUGCUGCUCCCGCACUGUGGAUCAGCAGUCGACGCGGACCUUAGCUCCAAGUUCCUCCAAGCUAGCGUCAAGGAAGCCAACGUGGGAAAACCUCCUGAUGUUCUGAUACUGGGGAACCUCCUGGCGUUCUGUUGGUAUGACUUUGUGGAGAUUGAGGACCUGAGUGAGGGCAGGGUCCUGGGUCGCUGGUGUGGGUCUCAGUCCGGUCCGGCGGUCCUGCUGUCCCAGGGGUCUCAGGUCCGAGUCCGCUUCGUGUCUGACCAGUACUUCCCCUCUGAGCCCGGAUUCUGUCUCCACUACUCCCUACUGCCACCGAGUGACCCUGAGCCGCAGACUCCUGCUGUGACUCCAGCUCCUCCCCCCAGUGUGGAGGAGCUGGAGGAGGCGGUCUCCACCCUGGGGACGGUGGAGGAGGUGCUGAAGUACCUGGACCCUGAGGGCUGGCGGGCGGACAUGGAGGAGCUGUACCGGCCCUCCUGGCUCGGCCUCGGGAAGUCCUACAUCCACAACAAGAAGACCAGAGUGGGAGCCGACCUGAACCAGCUGAGGGAGGAGGUCCGUCUGUACAGCUGCUCCCCGCGGAACGUGUCGGUGUCGCUACGUGAAGAGCUGAGGAGGACAGACGCCAUCUUCUGGCCCGGCUGCUUGCUGGUGCGGCGCUGCGGCGGGAACUGCAGCUGCUCCCAGUGCUCCCAGUCAUGCUCCCAGUCCGGGGAACAGUGUGCCUGCAUUCCCAGCAGGACCUCCAGGAAGUACUACGAGGUCCUGCAGCUGAAGCACCGGGCGGGGGGGCGUGGCCUGCAGCGCUCCAUGACCGACGUGGUGUUGGAGCAUCAUGAGGAGUGUUCCUGUCAGUGCCAGCAGAACCACGACUGAUCCAGACCCCCCAGACCCCCAGGACCCCCAGACCCUCCAGAUCACCAAGGACCCCCAGAACCCAUCCAGAGCCUCCAGGACCCCAGGACCCUCCAGACCCACAGAACCCAUCCAGAACCCCCAGACCCUCCAGACCCCCAGAACCCA